UGGCUUCGUCAUCUCAUCGAUUAAUGGUGGAAUCAUUUUCUAACUUUCUUUUGGUAAUUUAAUGCACUUUUUUUCUUGAAUAUUCCUACAACGAUUUACGAUAACGAAAUGCAGCCAACAGACCUGAUCUUUGCUAAGCGCCUGCGUCAAUUCGCGGACCCUGAUCUGUGGUAAGCUGUCAGUGACAGUCACUUGCAGUCAGUGACUAUUCGUCGAGUCAAGUGGAUCUCGUCGUGUGCUUGAGGCUUUCCAAUUUAAUAACGCUCCCGUUCUGCUAUCACUUUUGAGAAAAUAACGGCGUACGUUCCGAUAGACAGAGACUAAAACAUUGCAGAAAUGGGUGAUAAGACUGAACACAUUGUGAUGACACCAAAAUGCAAGACUGCAAAUUCCACGACGUUGAUAAUAGAGAGACAAGCUCUGGAGCCUCCGACACAGAAUGGCACAGAGAAUGGCAAUGUUCAUAUUGCAGGUGGUGAUCACAAAGGAAUUGUUAUCAAUAAACAGGCUAUUACUGUGACAAAUGGAGAAAUAUAUCCUGCCCAGCUUUGCUUACAAUUCAGAGUAUUCCUGGUAAGUGCACAAACUGGGAAGCAUACUCAAGAACAAAGGACUUUGCAAUUUUGGUUUAGUGAUGUAUUGCCUGAGGCGGAACAACCCAGCAUUGCACAAGAAUUUUUCAGGGAACUUGUCACUCCACAGGAAUUUCCUAGAGAUUAUGUGGGGUUUAUAAAAAAAAUCAUGAAAUUGAUGCAACACAAGUAUCCUAGUAUCAAGAAGCUAGAAGUGGAGCUAAGGCAAUUGGAAGAACCAAUUACACUACCAACUAGGCCAUCUACUGGUCACUUACUAUUCACACUUCCUCGGUCUAAGAAAGUUAUGUGGAAAUCAGUAUCUACAGAUGAAAUCAUCACGGGUCAAGUGAUUGAACUCACGGUAGAAAAAGUUCUGGAGCUUAUUGAGUCCGCUUAUCCGAAUCCAGUUACUGUAAUCGAUAUAGCAAAGGAACAUGGAUGGGAAUCAUCGGCUGUAGAAGCCAAAUUAAAAGAACUCCAAGAAAAGGGUCUUGUUAAAGCGAUGGAUCAUGGAGCCUUUACUCGUGUCGUCCAUCAAGAUACUCAAGUUCAGGUAGUGAAGCAGAUGCCAACGAUGGCGAGCGCUAAGCAACCCACUAUAGCAAUUAUUACAGCUCAGUAUUGUGAGAAACUCGCUGUGGAUUCGAUGAUCGAAAAUAAAGAAACCUUCGUUCGCUACACCACCGUUGGUACCGCAAACUCACCAGACACGACAGACGGAGUUCCACGAGUGAUAUGCCGUUUCGGGGAGUCUAAUGUGUAUACUUUGGGCAAUAUUGGUGCUCACAGGAUUGUGUGUACUAAAUUGCCAACGGUGGGACAUACUAGAGAAGCAAUGACUGCUGCUGGUAAUACUACCACUAGGUUGUUAGGUACUUUCCAAAAGGUGGAUUAUGUCUUCCUCGUAGGAGUCGGUGGAGGCGUCCCUCAUUAUACGGAUUAUAAUAAACAUGUACGGCUAGGCGACGUGGUGAUAUCGCAUCCGACGCCGCUUAAUAAAAAAUACGUGUAUGUCUACUGCGAAAGCGCCAAAAUGAACGAAAAUGGAAACUAUCAUUUUGAGACCAAGGAGUACUGCCCUCCAAAUCUCGGUUUACAGGAAAUUGCAGCAACCCUUAAGAAGCAGACUGAAAACGAGACGGCACCACCAUGGCAGACGUAUAUGAAGGAAGGUCUAGAGAACUUAGUGAAUCAAUCGGAACAUGACUUCAAUGCGCCGCCACCAGAAUCUGAUAAGUUGUACAUGGCUAUUGGUGAGAGAGACGUUAUCGAAGUAGCUCAUCCAACUGCGCCUCAAGAUUCCGCAAAUAAAAGAAUGGACGGAUGCUCUCGAAUCCAUUUGGCACCAGUAGCAUCCGGCCGACAAAUUGCACGAGAUGAUCAACUCAGACAGAAAUUCGCCAGUCGUUUCGGUGCGCUUGCAUUCGACGCUGAAAUGGACGCCGUAGUAGAGAGCAUUUUAGGUAAUUGUCGCGAGAGCUUUGCUGUGAUUCGUGGUAUUUCUGAUUACAAAGACGGCGUUCGGAUCAAAGAGUGGCAACCUUACGCAGCCUUGGCAGCAGCUAGUGUAAUGAAGUCCAUAAUCUGUGCCAUGGAUCCACCGACCAAUGACUAAUGUCGUUCUUCCAUGUUACCUUUUUAAUUUUAUUUUGCAUAGCAUAUAAUGCGACAUGUGCAUUUCUUUAUAGGAAAAAAAAUAGGAUUUAAAAUCAAAACAGCUCUCAAACAUACGCAUACAUACUGCACAAAGUACACAAAGAUAAGUAAUAAGUCGUUAGUUAAUUUCAACAGGUUCCUUACUCGCAGAGAUAAAUGGAGAAGGUCGUGCAACGUACUUUAAUCCUACAGAACAAUUUACGCACCGCUCAAAUUUUUUAUAGAUUCUUCUAGAACAGUGCCAUUUCUAUAUAUAUUUAUUUGGCAAUAUUUCUCAAAAAAAAAAAAACUUCAACCAUGUCAUUAAAAUAAUAUGAAUAUGAUGAUAAUAUGAACCGUCAUUAAUAUCUAAAUCAGGAUCGCUCAAUGUUGAAUGGUCUACUAAUAACCGUAUUAGAAUGAAAAAUAUAAUUCUUUGUCUCGACACAUUUUAUCUGUAGAUGUGAUAAGAGAAUGGUGCCAUUAUUGUUUCUCACGAUUGUGUAACGAAUUUUUAUGAUCCGCGCAAGUAGGAUAUCAUAUUCUUCGCGGAAGUAAAGUUCUGUACAUUCCUAUUGGAUGAUGUACGUUUCAAAGUGAAGACGUCUCAAAGACCAAAUCGUUAGAAACCAAUUAGAAUGAGAACUAACGACGAUGUGCUGGAAUAUAUGGCACUUCGAUAUAGAUCAUCAGCAACGUAGGCGAAAAAUUUAAUAGUAACUCUCUGUUUAACUCAAUCUAACAAUUGCGCCAGGUCCAAAAGAGGACAGAGCAGUUAAACAUCUAAUCUUAUAGCAGUCUUAAAGUAGACGAACUGAUCUAGUUGUAGAUAUGAUAAACACAAAUGGCAACUGAAAGUAUACUUAACAGUAUUCAAUAAAUUUGAAUCAAAUUAUAGUUACGAUAUUGCUGAAAUAAUUAUUACAUGUUUGUCAGAGUAUAUAUUGACGUUUUCAACAAAUAUAUGCAUUCUAUAUUUGCGCAGCAUACAUCUAAAUGAAGGAUCGUCAAACAAAUUUGUAUUUGUAUGAAGAAUCCUAAAACAUACGAAGAUAUAUACAAAAUAGAUUUCUAUUAAAAUGUGCCAACGUGUUCAUACUUGUUAAAUUUCACUGCCCUUUUUAAAAAAUCUGGAUAAUAUUCAUGUAAAAAUUUUUCGAAUCAAAUUUUCUGAAUUCCAAAAUCAAAAAUUUUAAGAAAUUUACAGUUGCUUUAUAGGAAAGGAUUCUAAACUAAUAAAAUCACAGGGUAGUGUGCAGAAACUUAAUAUUUAAAUAUCGAUUUUAAAUGUGGAAACUUAAAAAGAAAGAUGGAAUAUAUGUAUAGGAAUAUGUUAUUAACGGCGAAGAAGAAAAUCUUAAAAUUUCAGCAAUAGAUAAAAACAAGUAACACAGAAACUACAAGAGUACGAUUCUACAAAAAUAUUGAUUCUAGCCAUAACACAUAUAGCAAAAAAAUUCUCAUAUUUAUAUUUAUUUAUUUUUCUCUUUUCUCUGCAUAUAGUAUAUUAUUUUCCUUUCUGUUGAAAAUAGUUUAACGUUUUGUCUAUGUGCUGCUUAUACGCAAACUCGAUAAAGAAAACAAAUGUUUCAUUGAUGUGCAUAGUGUUCGUUUUAGAAGAAUGUUUCGCUUAGUAGCAAGAAUAUUGACGGACAUUGAACAAUAGGCAGACCUAAAAUUGAUAAAAAUCACUUGUUGCGUAAAAGCACACAUUUGAAAUUUUAUCGAAUAUAGAAAAUGACUAUGAUAUAUAUGCAUAUAGAUACAUAUGAAAAUAUAGAAUUUAUAUAUAUACACAGAUAAAGUGUUUAAUAUAUACGAUAUAUAAUUCUCGUGUGCGAGCGAGUUAUAUCAUAGAAUAUACUUUAAAUUAACUUACCUGGCGACAGAUUCCUAUUUUAGGCCUAAUGUUAAUUUAAUACAUUAUAGUCAAUGGAAUUUGUUACAUUAACCGAGGCUUAGAAGCCACGAGCUUCCAGUCGUGCAUUUGUAUUUGCGUUAUUAUCACGCGCUUUCGAUACUAGUCGCAAUACUGUGUUUUCUAUUUGUAUUUAUACAUUUAUUCUCCACUUCCUAGCUUAUAAUAUAUCAUAAGUAUGUCGUAAUAAUUAAAUGUAAUGUGUACUGUCGUACACACGUCCACACACAUUAGUUCAUAUUUCAUGCAAUAUUAUUUCUCGUAAUGAAUGUUUACUUGAUAUAAGUUAUUAUUUUAUGAUUUUGCGAAUGAUUUAUGUGAUCAUAACUUUGAAGCUUUGACUCUUCAUAAUGCAGCUUUUAAUACCCAAAACCUUUGAAGAUGUAAUACAAGGCUCCAAAGUUUUUGUCAAUAUUAUUGUAUCAAAGAAUAUAUGUUUUAUCGACCUUUA